AUCCCAUCCAAGUCUAGAUCGUUACGUGAACAUGAUCAUGAUUGCAUGUCACAUUGAAAACAUUGUAUUGAUUCCAUUAGAUUUCUCCAUGAAUGCACCGUGUAUAGGUUCCAGCUUGUCUGUAGAGUUCAUUAAAUAAUUUUUGCGUCUGCCAGUUCAGGGUUAGGUACAUGGUAUAUAGUGAAUGUAGGCCUGUCAUCUGAUUCAAUUUGUCUAACGUGGUUUGAGUGCCGAUUCUCAAGGAUUCCAUACAUGGCUUGCCUUAAAAUUGGUGUGUGUAUGCAGCGUCUUCGAGGCGGGGUAGCCAUGGGAGGCCCUCAAGGUCAGCAUCAGGUCAGUUCUACUGUUCAUGAUGAUGCUAUUCUCCAGCUGUGUGCUGACCUACAUGAUACAGAUGCAGCAUCUAUGCAGCUCAAGGUCAUCAGAUAUCUGGAGAAACAAACCAACUCUGAAUGCUGUACCCUACUGGUUGUUUCAGAAGAUACAAAUGAAUUAUUCUGCCAGGUCAUUGGAGAGAAAGUACUUGAAGAAGAAGUCCGAUUCUUGGUUCCUCUGUGUUGUUUUCAUAGUGUGCUCUUAAAUAAGAAGAUCUUGAGAUUAGAUGAUAUCAAGGAGAGUGAUCUUAAUGACUUGAAAAGCAAGCUGAAGGUUGAGAUCAAGUCUCUACUGGCUGUACCAAUCAUCAACCAAGCUACCUCUAAAGUGGUGGGUGUUGCUUGUGCAAUCAAUAAACGAGGUGCAAAGAAAUACACAAAUGCAGACAUUGACGUGAUCAAACAUUGCUUCAAAUACACAGUACCUGUCCUGACGAGUACAUUAGCCCUACAGAAAGAAACACAGCUAAAGCAUGAAACACAGUGCAUGCUUCAAGUAGCCAAGAACCUCUUCACGCAUCUUGAUGAUGUGUAUGUACUCCUGAGAGAGAUCAUGCAAGAAGCAAGGAACUUAACUCAGGCUGAAAGGUGUUCCCUGUUUCUUGUGGAAAAUGAUGAGCUUGUAGCCAAAGUAUUUGAUGGCCAGCUGAUACAAUCUAACAAGUCACAUGAGGAAUCUGGUGAAGUGAGGAUUCCUAUCACACAUGGCAUUGCCGGUCAUGUCGCUAGUACAGGUAACAUCUUGAACAUCAAGGAUGCAUAUUCUCACCCUUUGUUCUAUCGAGGAGUAGAUGAUAGUACAGGAUUCAGGACCAGGAAUAUCCUGUGUUUCCCUAUCAGAGAUGGACCAACUGUGGUUGGAAUUGCUGAACUAUGCAAUAAAAUCAAUGGUCUGUUCUUCACUAAACAUGAUGAAGAUGUGGCAUCAGCAUUUUCCAUAUACUGUGGAAUCAGUAUUGUACAUAGUUUGCUUUACAAGAAGAUGAAGGAUGCUCAAUACCGCAGCACACUAGCCAAUGAGCUUAUGAUGUAUCACAUGGAGGUUGGAGAAGAUGAGACGAAGGUUCUUCUCAGUAGUGACAUACCCUCAAUCAAAUCCUUCAGUCCAAGGAUAUCAAACUUCACAUACUCCCCUCGUAGUAUCCCAGACUCAGAAACACUCAAGGCAUGCAUGUGUAUGUUUGAGGACAUGGGUAUGAUCAACCGCUGGCGCAUCAACAGGAGAACCUUAGCCAAGUUCUGUAUGCUGGUCAAAAGAGGCUACAGAGAUCCUCCAUACCAUAACUGGUACCAUGCCUUUACCGUUGGUCACUUCUGCUACCUUCUCUACAAGAAUCUAGACUCCCUCAAUGUCCUCACUGAGAUGGAGGUGUUUGCAUUAUUUGUAGCCUGUCUGUGUCAUGACUUAGAUCACAGAGGAACAAACAACAGCUUCCAAGUUCAUUCACAAUCAGUACUUGCAGCUUUGUAUAGCUCGGAAGGAUCAGUUAUGGAGAGGCAUCAUUUUGCACAGGCCAUGUGUAUCUUGAACACAGAGGGAUGUAACAUCUUUGAGAACCUUAACAGAGAUGAAUACCAGAAGGCUCUAGACCUGGUCCAGGACAUCAUCCUAGCUACAGACCUGGCCCAUCAUCUCAGGAUCCAUAAAGACCUAGAGAAGAUGGCUAAGGAUGGGUAUAAUGUUGACAAUGCAGAACAUCACAAGCUUCUACUCUGCAUGCUGAUGACAUGCUGUGACCUUUCAGACCAGACCAAGAACUGGUCCUGGACUAAGAAGAUUGCUGAGCUGAUAUACCAUGAGUUCUUCAGUCAAGGUGACCUUGAAAAGGCCAUGGGAUUGGAAACACCAGAGAUGUUUGAUAGGGAGAAGGCUUGUAUUCCAGAGCUACAAAUAGGAUUCCUUGAUCAUAUAGCCCUACCUCUCUACAGGGUACUUGGUCAGGUGUUGCCCAAGACAAAGACAGUGGUGGAUGCAGUGGAGUCCAAUCGAGUGAUGUGGACUAAGCUAAGAGACGAGACCAAACAAAGACGACUUAGCAGCACCAACUCACUAGACUUCUUCCAUAUUCAGUUCAAGAGUGAGCUCAAUGGAGACAAGAUGGCUGAGGAGGACGAAGACAGGGAAGAGGCGGAAGCUAAGGCACAGGGUGAAGAUAAGAUUGAUCACAACGAUAACCAUAAGUGAGGAGAUAAUAUCAUGACGGACUGGUGAUUGCCGUGAUUGAACACUUUGGUGGAUGAGUACAGUAAAAUAGGGAAGUGGAUAUGUCAUAGAUUGUCAUAGUAGAAACCGCUCAGGUGAUGGCUUGAGUGUUGAGAUUAAACAAGCAAUGACAGCUGAACUUGUUCUAUUGGGCAUUAGAAUACCUGAACAAAGAAAAUGCCACCAUCCUUCUCUUUUGGAUAAUCUUCAACAGAGUGACAACAGUUCAGAUUUAAGAAUAUGAGCAGCACGGGAGGAUAUAGCUUUCAUGAACACAGGAAGCAUGUGUCUCUGUAUAGCCUGAUUGUUAUGUGGCUAUAACACUCUAAGAUUUCUACUAGAUAUAUGCCACAUAUUCAGAAUUACUUGACCGUAUAUCAACAUCUUUGUGAGAGAGAGAGGGAGGGAGAGUGGUGGUUUUGUUAAGAUGGUAACCAAAUUACAACAAUGGUGCAUUUUCAAAUCAACAAAUCUUCUGAUAUCUUCUGAAAACUACAAUCAAGUAUGCUUGAAGAGGAAGGAAAGGAGUAAUGAUGAAUAUCAACUGGAGUGUGUUUGAUAGUACAUAUAUAUGUAGUAAAGAAAUAUCUGCUUACAAAUGUGUGUCCAUAUGUUGUUGAUGACUGAAAUUCUGAAAUAUCAAUGUUCCAUGUCAUUUUCAUUGACCGAAAUACUUUAUCACUUGUUGAAUACAAAGCAGAAAUGUAAAAAAAAAAAAAAAUCCCUUUUGAAGAAUUUAAGUUUUGCACAAAUUUAUUUUUUGUCUUUCUGGCCCACUGACUGCCAAAGAACUAUUUUGAGGAUUGAAAGUUAAAUGACCAGUAUGCAUCCAUUGUGUUGAUUAAUCCUUGGAUUAUAAGAUUAUAGAAACAUAUAAAGGGAAAGUAAGUUAAUGUUGAAAUGGCUGAAUAUAACCUUAACACUUGAUUUAUACUGAAUUCAUGAUAUACGCAUUCUAAAAAUCUCCAUUGGACCAGUGUGCGACCACUUUAGUCCUAAAAAUCCAAAUAAAACUAUUUUCAUAAGAAGGAGGCGUAUUAUCCAAACUUAUCAAAUAUCUUCAUACGCUGCAUUUACUUGAUAUGUGGGAGGAUGAUAUCAAAUUGAAUGUAUCCAUCCCUCUGACCAGUACUUCAAAUCACCUUUUUCCCCAUUCUUUUCGACAAAUGUAUUUAUUGAAGCCAUUCUCAAUUGUUAUAUCAUAUGAACAGUACACAUUGUUUCACAAGUAGUAUAUUAUAGUUUGCUUUUCAAAAAGUCUGUCAUUUCUUUGUGUUCAUUUUAAGCCGAUGUUUCAGAGUUGUUGAAGAGAAGAAUAACAAUUUACAUUUUACAAUGAAUUGGGCAACCUGGAAUAUUUUUUUUUCAAACCACCCAUGCAUCACUCAACCAGAAGAGUACAGUUGGGAGUUUUGACAAGAUUAUUUUCCUGGUUCUAUUGUUUGAAUCAUGACCAGCAAGAUAGUUUGCUCAAGGGUAUGAAGUACAGUCCAAAGGGAAAAAAAGCCAUUUAUUCUUCAAUAAUAUGUGUGUGCAUGCAUGCAAUUUCCUUGGUAAUUUCAGAUCUAUACAUGAAUACAUAUACCUAGGGCCUGAAGUAGAAAAGGAAAACUCUUGCAAUUUUUUUUUGCCUGAGAUGUUUAAUUUGUCCAAGAUAAUGGCAUAAAUUUGUUUGCCAGUUUUUAUGGCAAAAGUUUUAUGCAACAGGCCCCAGGGGUAUUUUCACAAGAGUUAUAAAGUUUGAUUCUAAUCUAUGUGCCAUCAUGAAUCUAUGCAUGAAAAUUCAGCAGUGUGCAUCCCUCAAACACGAUGUGACUCAUCACAUAGCAGGAAAAGAAAUAAAAUUAUUAUAAAAUGAGACAUAAUUGCUGCGUAGUAUUACCCUGACUGCAGUGCAGCAUCCUAUUGCAAAUAAUGCCAGGUACCCAUUUAUCUCACCUUGGUUGAGUUCAGUACAAUGUGGUAAAAUGUCUAGAAGCCUGAGGAAAUUAAUGCCAUGACUGGGAAUUUGUAUCCAUGACUCUGAAACAAACAGUAAAAAAAAACUAAUAUUUCUAAGAUGUCAGUCAAGUUAUUCUUGAUAGCUCUUUGUGAAACCACUGCUGCACUAUUUGUGUACUGCUAAAUGAUAUGGAUAUGAGAUGAAGUAAUAGUGUGUGACAAUAUUGAUAGUUCUAUCCAGUCAAAGCAUCUGAUGAUUACUUGAUGAAAUAAUAACCCUAGUAAAAUGUUUGUUUUCUACUGAAAUAAAGUGUUGGUAACAAGACCUCCACUUUCACUGCUUCCCCAUGCUACAAAUAUAAUUGUGGUAAUUCAUUUUGUUUUGUUCUUAUGCACAUUUUAAAGCUUUAUAUUGUUUUUGCUUAUUAAUAUGUAAAUAUAUAAUCCCUUUGGCAUAUUAGAGGGAGAAGAUUGAGAAUACAUAUUUAUACAAAAGCUUUGCACUCUCUGAAAGAAUUUAUGCAAAAUAAUAUUAUUUUCACACAAAUUGCUAAUUUCAGGUAUUUCAUUGCAUUUCUUGGCUGCUUAUGGAUAGAUGUAUAUAUUGACAGACUAUUUUAUGUGUACAGACUAUGACCCAUGUCUUUAAAUGCUUGCAUAUUGUAUUUCAUAGUUGUUACACUUGAAUAUAGUUUUGCUUUCAGUCGUUGCUUUUAAUAUGCCAAAGCAAUUCCUGUUUUUAAAAAGGAAACGGUUCAAUAAGAGGCCCAUAAAUGUUCUUGAGAGCUUUCUAGUCUUAAGACAUUUAGCAUUCAUGCAAUACAAGGUUUAUGAAAAUUAUUUCAGGUAAAUUGUUUUAUUGCUACACUUAAUAUGCAUAUUGUUUACCCGAAAAUUUUCCUACAGAUUUUCUCAUUUUUUUUCAUGCUGUGAGCUAUAUUGUACUAGGCUAUAUAUAUUAUGUUGGAUUAGAUAGUACUAUUUGAAUGUUUAUGGUGAUAUAUUGUUUCCUCAGGGUGAUCUAUGUGCAAUUUUUGUUUUAACGCGAUUCAUAUAUCUGGUUUCAGCGAACUUUGUUUCAUCAGGUCAUCCAAAAGAAAGGCUACCCCUGUGUAUACUUUUUAAUAUUGGCUGCCAAUCUACCUAUUAUCAGCUCUUGUUUAGUAUUAGUAUGAAAACCAAUUAUGAAAUGUGGAUGUUUAUGUUGAUAUGGUCAUGUACCCGACGUUUUUAAGAUCAAUGGCUUAAAAUGUAAGAGGAUUCAAUCAAUCCUAAUUGAUUGUGACAAAUGGUUUGUCAAUGCCUUAAAGUUAAUAGCACCUUUAACAUUACAGAUCAUAUUAGGUAGUUUUCACAAGGUCGUGCAGAAUGCUUUCAAGAAUAUAUCAUCAAAUGCCAUUCAUGACAGAGCAAUCAAGAAGUCUUUGUCAAAUUUGUCGAAAAAUUGGGGAAUCACAACCGCAGUUUCGUCCUGGAUUCUGGGCAUAUUUGCAAGUUUUUGUCAGCUUCGAAAACUGCUAGUCUGGUUUGGCACUUUACGACAAAGACCUCCCAGCUGUUUCUUGUUAUUUGACAGGUAUUAUCUAUGUUCUUGAAAGUGUUUCGCAUCGCCGUGUA